AUGGCGAUAUGGCCGUUCGGUCGCAAAAGCAAGCGGCACACGAUCCAAGUGAGCCCAGCCGAGGCCGCCGCCCUGCACUCAUCCUUGGAGGACCCGUCCGUCGACACGAACCCACAGCUGUCUCGCAAGGCGUCUAGACGCCAAAGCAGUCGCUUGUCCCAUCGCACCGAUGACGCUCGUCGUGAUUCCGUCCGGUCGCCUUCGCACCGUCCCAUCUCUUCCCUGGCGGCUGCCUCCGAAGCUGACCACGAAGCCGACAAUCAACCGCCCCCUCGCAAUGAUCGGGAGCCCGGGCUUCAGCGACCACUCUCCCGUACAGAGUCGCUGCUGAAGGGGAAAGUUGGACCAAACAAGCUGAGACGCCGCCUGAGCAAACGCAAGGCCAAUGAGAUCAUGCGAGAGCGAGAGAUUCGGAUGCUCUCAUCCACCCCUAUCGAUAUUCCCCGCCGCUAUACCGCCAUGAGUGGCGACUACGGGUUGGAACAGCGGCGGCGUAAAGCAAAUGGUCGGCGGUCCGAACGGUAUAUGUCCGAUAUCAGCCUUUCUAUACGUGAUUCCACCGGAUCUUCCUUGUCGGACGUGUCGGAUCCGUACACUUUCAAGGUCAACGCCUUUGCUGCUUUGACCCCACGCCCUGCCGUCCGCUAUGUGGAAUCCCCCCGUGCGCCAUCUGCUGCAAGAGGCGGCCGCGACUCAGCGGCCUCUCACCGACUGGACAAAGACCGACUCCAGGCCUUGACAAUGUCCCAGGAGGAACUCUAUUAUUCGAAGCGACGUGUAAAAGAUAUUGCCGAUACAUUGGAUGCAGGGGCGCUGCGAGAGUUGUUGGAUAGGGACCGUCGCCGCCGAGAGAAGAAGCAGAUUGAAGAUCAGGAGAAGCUCCGGCGCAAGCUGCAAGAGAAAGCGGAUGCACAGCAAGCGGCGGAACCACAACUCGAGGAACAAAAAGCCGAGGAACAAGAUGUGGAGGAACAGCAAGUGGUGGAGCAGCACACAGUGGCCGCAACCCAAAAUGAAUCUGCCCACGCAGAGGACGCCGAUGCCUAUCCUCCCGAUGAAGCGACUCCUAUUGCAGCUCCAGCAAAAGCUGGGUCGUGGUUGCGAGACGCUUCCAAGGACAGCCAGGCGACUCGCGAAUCUGUGGAUAGCGCCCGUGUCAUUGGGAAUAUUGAUGACAGCUCUGUGCGCGACCAGAAAAUCGUCCCGAGCCGCAGCUUUGCGCCAUCGCAGGACAUGGCCAUGUCUCGAACAACUCUGUCCCCAUCUCACUCCUCGCUUCGCCAAGGUUUAAGCAGCCCCAGCGGCUCUCAGGCUUUUGGGCCCGGUUCCAAUUCUGAUCUUUCCCGAACGAUUGACUCUGACCGACGGACCUCCGAUACCAGUGGUCGCCGUGUCGGCACGAUCACUUCGCUCUUCCGUCGCGGCUCCAACCGUCUUAAGCGUUACCGGGAGCGGUUUCAUGAGUCCAGCCCAGACGUUUCCAACGCCACCUCUCAUCACGCAUCGCACAACGUCUCACACGAAUCCUUCUACAGGGUCCAAACCCAAUCAUCUCCCCCUCCGGCACCCGUUGUGGUGCCUCCUUUGAGACCCUUUAUCCCCACUGGGAACAUCCAACGCUCCCAGUCCAAAUUCACCGAAAUCUUUGAUGACGCGCCCCUUUCACCCCCGGACUCGCGCCUCCAGUCCCCGGGCAUCCCCGAAGAACGGGAAUCCUCCAUGGAGCAUGAAGAAACAUCCUUCCUCCAUGAUGCAGCACCAAGUACUACUACUGGUGUGGACAUCGACAAUGCCAAGGCCAGCUUCGACGCGGAUCCAGACAACGUGCCCCUCUCGCAAUCCUUGGCCUCCAUUGACUCGGAAGGCUCGUGGAUGUCGGGUCAAUUCUUCCGUCGAAUGAACAAGCCGGGCAGCCCUGUACGGCCGAUGCCGGGAUCGUUCGAUUCUCCCUCGGGUGAUGGGGCGUCCGAUAGCAACGCUUUGGGCGAGCCCGAACUUGACACUGAUACGACCGGGGGUGUCGAAGCCGGCAAGCCCACCGAGACUCUCUGGCCCAAUGAGAUUGCCAAGCGCCCAGUGGUUGUCAACCCCAUCUCCCGUCCCAAGUCUACCCAGGGCAUGCUCAAGAGCAUUCCUUCGCUGUCCCCCAUCUCUGCCGAGGACGAUUACAUUUCCGACGAAGCGCCUGGUGCCGAACUUCACCGGGUCGCGAGUGUCAAGCCCGAAACCGGCUAUGUGGAUGACUCUGGCGUUGUUGUUCCAGAUACUACCGUCUAG